AUGCGGUCCUUGCGGUCCUUUCGCCGCCUUGUCCGGUGGACGCCCGCCCUCCAGCGUGCCCGGCACGCCCUGCGGGCUGACCCACAAGGGCCAGGACCCGGCUGGGUGGCAGGCGCUGGGCUGGCUGGGCUGGCUGGGCUGGCUGGGCUGGUGGGCGGCUCUGCCUGCGCCUGCGAACAUCGGCAGACGCUGGGAGCUCCCGUGGCCACAAACCUGGAGGUUCCAACAGACCGGGACUUGCGAGUCGUAAGCCUUGAAGAGCUCCGGAGCCACAACAACUUGGAGGAUGGCUUGUGGAUCUCUUACCAUGGACACGUCUACGACGUCAGCAACUUCGCCAAGAUCCAUCCCGGCGGUCCGGGCCGAAUCCAAAUGGCUGCUGGAAGCGACCUCCAGAAGUACUUCGAUGUCUACCAUGUACACCCGGAUGUGAGCAAGUUCCUUGAUCGGACUUGUCUUGUGGGCCGCCUCACGCCGAAGGACGCCAAGAGGUCCUAUGAGGAGACGAUCUUUGCCAAUCCAUACGAGAAUGAACCGCCCAGGACGCUUCAGCAAACCAUCGCAACUGCCCCUCGCUGGGCGAACCUCAUGGGCAAAUACCUCCUGGACUCCUUCAGAACACCCCUGCCCGGGUUCUACGUGAGGAACCACUUUCCGGUGCCUAGCUGGGAGGACGUCGAAGAGGAGUACGAGUUUGAGGUUGGCAUUCCGGGCAAGGAGAGCAAGAUCUUCAAACUCAAGGACUUGCGGACAAUGCAGCAGAGCACAGUGGAAGCCACGAUGAUCUGUGGCGGGGCCGCGCUGUAUCCACGGUACCUGCAUCGCACAGACAACAGGGACACCUGGGAGAAGGAGGCUUUCCCCAGGAAUGAAAUCAACAACAACUUCUGGGGCAGUCAUGCUAUCUGGACCGGAGUGAAAUGCCGAGACGUGCUGCGGCUGUGCGGGAUCGAUGUCGAUGCCAUCGCCCUUGGUACCGAGCCGCUGCCCGCAAAGUACUUGCGGCUGACUGGCCAUGAUGCGGACGAAACGGGCUCGAGCUUCGGCGUGACGAUCCCACUUGAGAAGGCCGUCGACCCCUUUGGGGAUGUGAUUCUUGCCAUGACCAUGAAUGGUGAGCCCCUGCCUUCCGACCACGGCUACCCUGUCCGUGUUCUGGUGCCCGGCUACGCGGGUGUGCGGAACUGCAAGUGGCUGGCGAAGAUGGAGUUGGCCAACGAGCUACACGAGAGCCACGUCGACACCCACACAGAUGAGGUGAUCUAUCCCCCAAACAUGACCUUCGAAGACGACCUUGCCAAGACCUCCCUGACAGGUGGCACGGUCCAAAGGGCCGGUAGAUGGGAGGCGCAGCAAGACAACAACAUCUUCAGAGUCAUGGAGAUGCCAGUGCACAGCAGCGUCAUCCUCCCCGAGGUGAACACGACCUUGUCCGGGAAAGAGGCCUCGAAGGUCGUGGCCGAAGGCCUCGAGGUUCGCGGCAUCGCCCUCGGGGGCGGCGGGCACCGCGUCGCCCGUGUGGACGUCUCCAUUGACGGAGGUAAGACGUACGUACCGGCUGACCUGGACGACCAUGGCAUGGAGAAGGUCCACAGAAGAAACUACCACUGGUCUUGGUACUGGUGGUCCAAGAAGGUCCCCCUCACGGAGGAGAUGAAGCUGCAGUUGGCCAAGGGACAGCCCUUGACGCUUCAGGUAGCGUCCCGCGCCAUGACGGAGCACGGCAACACGCAGCCAAGCCGCGAGGACGCCGUCUCUUUGUACAACCUCGUGGGCAACAUCUGCAACUACCAGACACACACGCCUAUUGUGAUCACACCCCCCAGAAGCUGA